UUGCAUUGUGCUGCGGCCCGAUCCACCACCGGAGAUCUCCGAGGUAUCCGAGAAGACUUCGCAAGAGCGCGGAAGGCUGCGGUCCGAGGACCUACGGCGGAUAUGUGCACUCCAUCCCCACAAGUUACCCUUCUGGACUUCGAGCUCUGGCUCAAGUUCCGUGAGGUGACCAAUGAGAUGAUCGUGACCAAGAGUGGAAGGAGGAUGUUCCCAGUAAUCCGCAUACAGCUGUCAGGACUAGAUCCGUUCGGUAGAUACUCCGUCAGAUUGGAGAUUCCGCAGUUUGGGAGCAGCCGCUAUAAAUUUCAAGGGACGGAGUGGGUGCCGAGCGGGAAAUGCGAAUCACCGAGCGUUCAGAGCGGUUUCGUGCACCAGGAGUCUCCGAAUUCGGGGAGUUUCUGGAUGAAGGGACCUGUGGCUUUCAAUAAAGUCAAGCUCACCAACAAAAAUACCAGCGACUCGAGAUACAUCGUCCUGAAUAGUCUUCAUCUCUACGAGCCGCGCGUGAUCAUCACGGCCGAGGAAAGCGGUAACCAGUGGACUUUCCCCAUGUCUGAAACGCAGUUCAUCGCGGUGACGGCGUAUCAGAAUGAGAGGGUCACUUCACUGAAAGUUCGUCAUAAUCCGUUCGCAAAAGCGUUUCUAGACACCAGAGCAGAUCACAGUGGCCCGGGUCUUCCGCAGACGCAAUCUCCUUUCGCUCAGCCGAUGGCGUCCUUGCAGAGCUCGGACGUACACGAGUCCGCAUCGAACCCUUUGCCCAGCACAAGUUCCGGAGGUGCCACUGAUAAUCGAUGGGUGCAACACGUAUACCGUUCUCCGUCGUUAGACUACUGGAAAAACGAGGCGUUCCGACUCUCGAAUUCGACAAUCAACGCCCAGCUUCCGUGCUCAGCGUUGGCGCCGCCUCCGGAAUCACAAGCACCCAUGUCAGCUCCACCUCCAAUGAUGGGUCAGACGUCUGCCUUCUUACCAAGUUCCUCGUUCGGCUUCCCCUACAUCCAGUUUGUCGACUACUGGGACCCGCCUCCACCCACUCAAGAUCUUGAAGAGUUAUAG